AGCUGAAGGAAGUUAAAAGUCUGUUUGAAAGUCUGCAGUACAGUUUAUGAUGAGAAGCUACAUUCUGGCAGGUGAAGAGUGAGAGAAGAGGCCACAGUGUAGAGAGCCUUCGGAGAACAUCCUGUCUAAAGUAUUCUCUUUGGGGUAGAAGAAAUCCUUGUGGACCCUCCACUUUGAUGUGAUAGAGAUUUUUCUUCCCUAUAUAUGGCAGCUUAUGGAAGCCAUUCCUGAACACUGUGAGUGUCAAAAAAAAACUUUUCAGAACGUGCUUUUGUCCUAUGAAACAGUUGACGAAGAAUGAUGACAGAAAGCAUUGACUGGUUGAACAGUCACAGUCGACUGUGUAAAGUUGAUCGUUACACCCCCAAUGACGAGGAGGAACAAAACUGGAUGACUGAUUCAGCCACUUCCUCUGAUCCACUCAAAGUCUUGAGCUGGCUCCGAAAAGAUCUGGAAAAAUGUGCAAUUGGAGUCCAGAAUGUGUUGAACAGCAGUAACAAUGCUGGUGGUGCAAGAUCACGAGAGCCGUCUGUUGGAAGGCAAAGCACCCAGCAGCGCAAUGCGUCUUCCCCAGGUGGUUACAGCAUCUGUGAUGAAGAGUUCAGUAUGAAUGUCAGCUCUUCCAACAGAGGCUCUCCCAACUUCCACUUGGCCAUGAAAACCGCCUGUCAAAAAGGACCCAAAGAUGAAGAAAGCGAUGGUUCCACCUCGCCAAAUGCAAAUACGGACUCAGAUGAAGUUUCUUUCUACUGCAAUAGACUUUCUAACCUUGCCAUAGCAAUGGCACGCAAAGAGAUGAAUGACCGGUCAGAUGGCAAUGCCACGUGCAUACAUAAGACACUUUAUGCUGCUGCCGGGGACCAUGGCCACAGGUCUGUUGGGGUGGGUACAGAUGACUGUAAGCACAAUCCAUCUAAGAUGUGCGACUGCAAAUAUGAAGAAAGUCCCAAUUCUAAGAAGAAAGCCACAUUUUAUUACAAAGAAGAAGGUGGUACAGAAAUACCUAACAAAAGUGAACCUUGUAGAGAUGAAGCCAAAGCUUGCAACCAUAGGAAACGCUUUGGUCCAGAUGAAUAUACCAACUCACUGAGCAAAGGAAUCUUAGUCUACGCAAACAAUGUGGUUUCAGAUAUGAUGGUCUCUGUCAUGAAAACCAUGAAAGUUAAAGUGAAUGAUUCCAACAUAGCUUGUGCAGUGUUGAAAAAGGUACUGCUGAAGCAUUCCAAGGAGGUGGUGUCUGACUUGAUAGACUCCUGCAUGAAAAACCUACAUGAUGUCACUGGAACACUCAUGACCGACUCUGACUUUGUUUCAGCAGUGAAACGGAGCCUCUUCACUCAAGGAAGCCAAAAGGCCUCUGAAAUUGUCCAGGCCAUGCUGAACCGGUUACAUAAUGCUUUGAUUGUACAGAAACAGGUGAGUGAGAAGGCAAAAUCUCAGAGAAUGGCCUUUGCCUCUGUCAAUACAGGUUCAGGAACCGAUGCAAAAACACAGAACAUGAGAUUUGCUGCUGCAAAAACAGAAACGGUGAAAGAAAAGGAAAUGACCUGUGCAGAAACAGUUGGCAAUCAUAUCAUAAAGGAGGGCCUCUCUAUGUGGCACCAAAAACAACAGAAUGAGAAUGCAGGAUCAAAUCCUCAGGCAAAAGCAAUCUGUAAUCCCGAAAACCCAGACCUUUCAACUGACUCCUGGGCAAGAGACCUGAUUGUAACCGCAUUACUGCUGAUCCAGUACCAUCUAGUCCAGCAGGAGAAUGCACUGAAGGAUGCAGCGGAUGGUGGCAGGUCUGGCAAAAUUUCUGGCACCACAUUUGGUUUGAUGUCUCAGGAAAAAAGUGGCAAUGCUUCUACUCUCCCUUCAUCAAAACCAUAUGACACACUGAAAUCUAGUGACGAGGAACCUUCUGAGCCUAAUGCUGAUAAUGACAUGUCAAGUGUUGUAGUGAUGCUUAUCCAAAAGCUCAUCAAUGAGACAGUCAAUAAAUUAGGAGGAAAUGUUGGGACAGUGAUGUCUGAUGAAGCAUAUAAAAGUCCUUACAAAACUCCAGAAGGGCCAGGGCCUUCAGCCCUUUCAGAAGGGGAUCAUUCUUAUGAGGAUGCCAUAUCUGGACUGACCAAAAUGAUUCUGGAUCAGUUUGAUGUCAACAGGAAGGAAGGAGGCAGUGGGCCAUUCAUUGACAACCUAGUGGAUACAGUGACCAAGUUGUGCCUCAUGAUAGCCAAAUACAGCAAUCCCGAGUCAGGUCUUGGAGAUAUUGGAGACGGAGAAGAUGCUGGUGGAGCUAUGUAUUCAAAGGACAUGGAAAGUGCAGAAAGUCGAAUAGGGUCAGGUGAAUCUGGCCGCAAAGUGGUUGUGACCAAUCAGAAUGUUCCUGAGAACAUUCACAACAAACAACUCCAAGCUAUCCUUCAGUGGGUGGCAGCCUCUCAGCUAAAUGUUCCUGUGUUGUACUUCAUGGAUGAUGAUGAAGAAAACCUGAAUAAGCUUCAACAACUCUCCUCAGUGGCCGUGGAAAGGGGCUAUAGUGUAGGAGACGUGAUGCAGGCAGUCCUCAAGUUUGAAAAGGAAAGGCAGCUGGGAGAGGCACUGGGCAACUUUGUGAGGUUGCCGGUUCUGGAUUGGCUGCUUCAGAACCUGUGAACCAAACAACCUCUUCUGUAUUCUCAGAUGGCAGGCUUCUCGUGCUUUGCAGCAUAGCCCUUGUUGCCACAACAGAGAUGAUAUCAUGAGUUUUACUGACCCCCUAACCACUGCUGAGCAGUCCUAUGAAUAAAAGAAGGAAAUACUUA